AAUAUCAUCUAGAUUUAAUACCGUUUGAAGAUGAUUUAUUGUCUUUAGAGUUGGAUAAUACCUUUAAAGAGCUCUACUUGGACGGUGAUUUUACUUCAAUUUAUUAUGCGUCAAGAGCACUUAUGAAACUCCAGACAAAAUUCGGCCUUUUCCCGAGAGUAAUUGGAAAAGGGGAUUGUGCUAAACAUCUAGCUGAUAUGUUACUUCGUAUGCGUAAGGAAGUUGCAGUAGACGAUCCAUCGUCCACAUUAACAGUAUCACAGAGCAUCGAUUCUCUAAUUAUUAUAGAUCGAUCCGUUGAUCUCAUUACUCCUCUUUGCACACAAUUAACUUAUGAAGGAUUGAUAGAUGAAGUAUUUAGUAUAAGGGCUUCACACGUAGAAGUUGAUUCAUCUAUUGUGGGCCCUGCCUCACAAAAAUCAGCUGCUGCAACAUCAGCAACUACAUCGACGACUACCACCACACCGGCACAACCUUCGCCUCCACCUCCAGCUAAGAAAAAAAAGAUUGCACUUAACUCCAGUGAUAAAUUAUUCGUUCAGUUGAGAGAUAUGAAUUUUGCAGUUGUAGGAGGAGUUCUUAAUAGAGUUGCAAAAAGGAUCAAUGAAGAUUAUGAAGUUAGACAUCAAGCAAAAACAGUUGCACAGAUUCGUGAAUUUAUAAAUAAAUUAGGAGGGCUUCAGUCUGAACAUCAAUCAUUAAGGACUCUUUUAAUUUUAGAUACUGGUAUAGCUGAAGAAAUUAUGGCAUACACUGUUACACAUGAAUUUAACAAAGCUCUUGAGGUGCAACAAAACUUAGCUGCAGGAAUAGAUAUAAACUUGCAAAAUGACUAUAUUGAAGAAAUGAUCAACCGGCAAGUGCCAAUUGUGCAAGUGUUAAGAUUGUUGUGUCUACUGAGCAUUGUAAAUGGUGGCUUGAAGCAGAAGAGCUUUGAAUUUUUUAAAAAAGAAAUUUUACAGACUUAUGGGUUUGAACAUCUUCAAACACUCUUGAAUUUGGAACGCUUAAAUAUGUUCGUUAAACAAGGAUCCACUAAUAAUAAGUUUAGUAGCAUCAGAAAACAGCUUCAACUAAUUGUUGAUGAGGUUGAUGAACAUAAUCCACAGGAUAUAUCUUAUGUAUAUUCAGGAUAUGCUCCGUUGAGCGUACGCCUGAUACAAUGUGUAACGAAAGGUUGUCCAACAUCCAUUAACCCCGUGGGUACUGGCUCGGCUAAUAAUGUUGUUGGGACUGGCGUUUCUACUAGAAGCAUCGGAUGGAAAGGGUAUGAAGAUGUUCUGAGAAUGUUACCAGGAAAAUCAUUUGAUGAAGUUCAGAGACUUGAUGAUGGAACUAUCC